CAUACAUCUCGCCUCGGUUAUCUUUCGUUGUACACGAAAAAGAUGGAAUAUCAGCCGUUUUUGUCCGGCCCGUGCAAUUUUUCACAAAAUUUUAUCAAUUAAUUAACUUUUUUGCAUAAUAUUCUAAGCGAAAAGUGAAGAAAAACAACUAAAAUCUAUGCAUAAAUAAAAGUUUAAAGGAAAUCAACAAAAUUACCAAGCAAAAAAGCUAGAAAAAGUCGGUGUAAAAGUUUUUUUUUUUUGCGAAAUAGAAGACAAAUGGUAGAAAAGAAGGCGAAAGAAAGCGAGACUACGACGACGACGAUCAGCAGCAUAUAGAGUGGGGACGAUUGGAGGCAGAAUUGUGGAUUUUUUGGAUUUCUAAGCCACAAAUGCAUGGCGUUCAAGCUGAAUAUGUUUGCAAAAAAUGCCCAGAAAUGCUGCAAAGAAAGCGAAUAAAAAUACAAAAAGUCUUCCGAUAUCAGUGAAGUUUCUAACAACAAAAGUUAAUAACAAAAAAAAGAAAAGAAAUCUUAACAACAAGAGCAAACACAACAACAGCAACAACAACAAAAAGACGAAAAAGAAGAAGAACCUAAACAAUAGCGAUACAAAUAAACAUAAUCAAAAGCUAAAGGAAUCACAGCAACAACAACGCGGCCAAAAACGUAAGAAAGCGCUAAAACAACCUGCAAAUGCUAGAAUAGUAACCGAAGCUCCUACCACUAGCUUUGCUGCUGAUAACAACGAUGCUGAUGACGACGAUUGUGAUGCUAAUUCCACAACAGCAGUAACACAUUUAACAAGGCCCACUGCAGCAACAACAACAGCAGCCACAGAAAGGUGUAAAUUCACAAUUAAUUCACAAGACUUAAAAGUUUUAUCGUCGUCAACGACGUGGUUUUCGUCUGGUCUCAACCAAACAACGCUGUCAUCAAAUCGCUCAAGCGUUAACACUGUGGAUGCUGAUCAAACUUGUGGUGUUGGUGGUGGUGGUGUGAAACACAGUCCAGCAACUGCUACCAGUCAACGAGGAGUAGAGAAGCAAAAACCCCAGCAACAACAAAAUACGAUAUUAAAAUAUUUGAAAAAUCAAAGAAAUUCCAAAAAUAAUUUAGGAGACAACAACGCUGACGACGUUGUUGGUCUUGGAUCUGCUGAAGAAACUUCCAACAUAGACAUUCAUAAUAAUAAGGAGAAGGAUAAACUGCAAGUGGCAACAACAACUUUAUUGUCAAUUACAACAGCAACAGAAGCAGCAACAUCAUCUCCAGCAUUGCCGCUGGCAACGACAACAACAGCAACAAACCAACGCCAAUGUCGUUUAUCUACACUGUAUCCCAUUGUUAUUGAAACUCAUAUAUCAGAAAGUCAAAGUUUGGCCGGAGAGGUCAAAACAACAAACCCUACCACAGCAGCAGCAACAACAACAAAACAUUCCAUUUCAAAUGCAAAUACAACUGGAAAUUGUUCAACAAAUUCUGCAAUUGUUUUGAGAACAAGUGAUACAACAACUGCACUUGACACCACAUUAUCGAAACAAACAGCAGGCGCCGACGACGCUACCAAACAAAUAUUGCAAAAUAAAUCGCCUUCGCCGCAGCAGCAGCAGCCAGCGAAACGUCGCAAACGGCGUUACUUCCAUCAGCCACACGAGGUUAAAGCCCGUUUAGAUAGUUUAAGGACAAGAAAAGCUCCCGGCGACACAGAACCGCAGCAGCAGCAGAAAACACAGCAGGAGCAACAACAACAACAACAGACACACAAAGUUGACAAAAGUUUAGAGAUUUCACAAAAAUCCACUGCUCUUGUACAGGACAUCGCUAAACAGCAACAGCAACAACCAGAAGCUGGCAAUAAACAUAAAUUCUUACAAGCGCCGGAUACGGAAGAGACAUUAAGGAAACGAGUAUUUCCAAUACUUGAUGUCGCAACAUUGAAUCGCAUUGAGACCUUGAGCGAUAACGAAGUUAAGAAACCUGCCAGCAAGCGAAAACGUAGCCAAACAGCUGCCCUAUUAGGAUUUAAUAUACCAACAACUUUACGUUCGCGACGUGUUACAGCAACAGCCCAGGCAGCGGUUAUUGUUGCGGCAGCAGCAGCUGCUGCAGCGGCCAGUGCAGCAACAAGUGGCUGUGGCAUUGGUGUUGGUGUGAGAACAACACCCUCUAUUGCUGGUGGUGGCGGUGGAGGAGGUCUAGUGGUACAAAAGCGUCAACAACAACAACAAUUGGCAGGCGGUGGUGAUUUUCUUAAACCCCUACCCAUUGAAGCAGGAAUUACGAAUUCCAAAAAACGGCCACGCAUUAUGUCUCUCUAUGAGCGUCCCUAUCAAACGGCCAAUGAUGGCCGGGGUGGAAGUUCGAGCCUGGUCAGCAAUGGUUACAUGUCAACAAGUCGUUCCAGUUCAUCGGGUGGCGCUGGCAUGCCAAUGAUUAUGAGUGACUCGAAUGAUAGUCAGGACAUGACCAAUGCAUAUUAUCUAACAGGAAACAGUGGUUCCGGCAUUGCAGGCAGUUCCAGUGCAUCAUCAGCAGCGGCAGCAGCAUUACUCGGCAAUGGUGGUGGCGUUGGCAUUGCCCUAAAUCAUGCCCCCACCAUGGGUACCCUGUGCAACAUUGGCAACACCUGCUAUCUUAAUUCGGUGGUGUAUACCCUGCGUUUUGCUCCACAAUUUCUGCACAAUCUCCAUCACCUGUUAACGGAUUUGAAUGCCCUGCAACAGAACAUUGCCCGGGCGCGUUCAAAAUCGUCUUCCUUGGGUCGCGGCAUAAGUGCUGUGCACAUUGAAAAUGCUCGCAGUUGGAGUAGCAAAGAUUUAGCCUCCAUGGAACAAUAUGCUGGCAGCAAUGCAGCAGCGAAUUCCAUUGUAAAUGCAUCGACACCAUCAUCCGGACCGUCAUCAUCCUCAGCUCUGACACAAGUCACCCAGAAGAGCAGUCAUCAGAUAUUGACGGAAAAACUGCAUGAGCUCUAUCAGAGUUUGUAUCGCAAUGAAAUGAGCGAGUCCAUGGAACCCUAUCAUGCCGAUACUCUGCUGCAUGCCAUCCAGGAUGUGAGCAGCAUUUUUGAGGGCAAUCAACAACAGGAUGCCCAUGAGUUUUUAAUGUGUCUGCUGAACAGUAUUAGGGAAACUAAUCAGACUCUAAUCAAGGCCAUAGCGGAAUGUCCAGAUGUGAUAUUAAAUGGAUAUAUUUCCAAUCCCGAGGAUACCGAACGUGAUAUUAAACAAUCCAAUAACAGCACCAGCAGCAGUGGCGGCAUCAUCAGCAACAGCAAUCACAUUUCUGUCACCUCAGCCCUCAGCUCGCUAACAUCCAACUCCAAGUCAUCGUCGUUUUUCUCGCGCAAAUCCAAGCGAAAAGAUGAAACAAAAAAUUCCAAAAAUUCCCGCCUUCAAUCUCCGCUUAAAGAUAACCAAAUAGCUGGCAAUAUAACGCCUCAAUCGAAUAGUCUAUUCUAUUUGAAUACGAAUGAUCUCAAUUCAACGGCGGCAGCGGGUGUAACAUCUACAUCGCCACCAUCCGUCGGAAGAGGAGGUGGGGGCGGUUCGGUGGUGACCGGAGGUGGAUCAUCCUCAUUGGCAUCUCCAUCGAAUUCAACUGCGACGACGGCCGGCAAUGGUGGUGAUGAAUUAGAUGCUGCCGGCGCAUCCUCCUCCUCCAAUUCGACGGCUGUGUCUUUACUGCUCAAGGAUAAACAACGUUUGGAGAGUAAAAUACGUGAAUUGGGUUUGGAUUUCUUCAAUGAUGACUUCGAGGGCAUUACCGUGUCGACAACCAAAUGUCUUAGCUGUGAAACAAUAACGGAACAAAAAGAAACAAUGAUCGAUAUUGCUGUACCUGUACCGCAAGCGGGUUACGAGAGCAACGAAUACAAUACAGAUAGGCCGAGUUCGUUUAUACAGAACUCUUGCAUAACAAGUGAACGUUUUCGCAACGAAAACAAAUAUCGCUGUGAACAAUGCUGUGGUUAUACCGAAGCUAUACGAUCCAUAUCCUAUGAGGUCUUGCCACGUUUGUUAAUCAUCCAACUGAGUCGUUUCUCCGGUGGCAUGGAGAAAAUCAACAGCUACAUUCCCACAUCAUUUACGUUGCAAUGUUUUUGUUCGAAAUGCUGUGAACUGAGCGAUGCCAACAAGUUGCACAUCUACAAGCUGUACAGUGUUAUUACGCAUGUGGGCGCCACCAUGUCUGUGGGCCAUUACAUUGCCUAUACCUGUUCUUUGGACUGGGCCAAUGAAUACAUUAACUGUCCCAAAGAGCAGCGGCGAAGAGCUAGUCAAGAGAGAGCUGCUGCAGCAGCGGCGGCGGCUGCUGCCAUGAAUGGUAGCGGUGGUACGACAUUAACCACAAAUCCCAUGCAGCAGGCGGGUCAAACAUCGUCCACAACGAAUGCGAAUAAUGUGGGCUCCUCCAAUAAUUCAUCGUCGUCCUCGGGUACAACAAGUUUUAUGAAAAUCAUGAAAUUUGGACGCAGCAAAGCUUCGAGCAGCGGGGAUAUGAGUAAACAUGUUAAGCAUCUGAAUGGCCUGACAUCUAGUGGUGGCAGUGGCAGCGGCAGCGGUGGUGGCAGUAAGGCCAUUACAAAUGGUAUUGGUAAGUUAAGUAUGAAUAAUACAAAUUCCGCCGGCGGAACAUCAUCAGCAUCGUCGUCAUCAGCCCCAGCGUCUUGCGCAUCGUCAACGACAUGUCCCAGCAUAAAUUGUUGUGCCAUGCGUUUGACGGCCCAACAACAAAUGCACUAUGUCCAUGCGAAUCAACAGAAUAACAUCAAUGAUUUCAACGAGGACUCCAGUGGCUAUACGAAUGGUGUGGCGUCGUCGGGUUAUUCUUCGUCGAACUACAACAACAAUAUGCAGCAACAGCCUCCCUACAACAGUGGCAGUAGUAAUAAUUCAUCGGGCUAUGGUAGUACUGGUCGGGCCGGCACCAAGGCUUCAUAUGCCUCCUCCCAACAACAGCUACACAACGGCUCCGAACCGAUUUGGUAUAUGUGUGAUGAUGACAAAAUCAAGGCAAUGACCCAGCGCGAAUUCGAAGAGCUCUUAUCGCCGGCCAGAAAAAUAACAAUUACACCAUAUUUGUUAUUCUAUGCCCGUUACAAUCUGCAAUCCUCCUCACCACCCAAAUCGGCGGGAUCGUCAUCAUCGCCCGGCCCCGUAACAUCAUCGCCGCAGGCUUCAUGGUCCAAUGAGAGUUUGCAAAGUUCGGGUCACAGUGCCCACAGUAGUGGUAUGCGUAUGUGAGGUAUAAUGAUGACAGCAACGGGAAAACUUAAAUAUAAGAGCAAUACCUUGAUGAGUAGUAAUAAUAAUAACAAUUAUAAUAAUAAUAACAACAACAACAGCAACAACAACAAUAGUAACCAUGCAAGUAAAAGCCUGAUAAAAUGCAAUUGUAAAGAGCAGGUAAUUUAAGUUUAUUAGUGAUGCAAGUAGAAGCAAAAACACACACAGAACAAACGUUUCAAAAGAACAAAAAAGGCAACAACAUGUGAAUGUAAAAAAAUAAGAAAAAUGUUGACCCCAUAAAGUAUGCAACAAAUUUUGUUUUGCCCCCAUAAUUCGCUGCAACAAAAAGAAACACAUACCCAAAUACUCUUUUAUGUCAGUCUUGGCGCAGAAGGUUGUAUUCCAGCACGUUUUGGUGGAUGGAUCAAAAAAUCAGGCCUCAAUGUGGUCGUAUGAGUUCCGCAAAGACUUCCAUUAAGAAUGAAAGGCCUUCCCUCAAUAAAUUGCUAGAAAAAACUUUAAACGUAGCAUAGUUGGCGAUACAGUUCUUUAAAGCUUUCUAAGCAUUUCAAGGAUUUUCUCUUGCCAGUAGAAGUCUAUCAAGGACUUUCUCUUUCCGAUAGAAAAUCUUCAAAGGCAUUUUUUUGUCGGUAGGAGACGUUCAAGUGCUGCCUUCUGUUCUCAAGGACUAUCUGAUGUUCUUUCCUUCCCCCCAUUAAGAACGAAACCCCUGAAAGAACUUAUAUUAAAGAAUAAUUAUUUUUAAAUGUCUUCUACUGGCUAUGGAAACCUUUCAAAGGCUUUCCCUCAAUAAAUUGCUAGAAAAAAACUUUAAACGUAGCAUAGUUGGCAAUAUAGUUCUUUAAAGCUUUCUAAGCAUUUCAAGGAUUUUCUCUUGCCAGUAGAAGCCUAUCAAGGACUUUCUCCUCCUCAUAGAAAAACUUCAAAGGCAUUUUUUUGUCGGUAGAAGAUAUUCAAGGGCUGCCUUCUGCCUUCAAGGUUUAUCUUAUGUUCUUUCCUUCCUCCAAUAAGGAAUGAAACCCCUAAAAGAAUUUCUAUUAAAAAACAAGUAAGCAAGGGCUAUGGUCGUGCGGGGCCGGCCAUGUGAUACCCUACAACACUACUAUAUGUUAGAAGCCCCCUAAUGACCAAAUCCAUUUUGGAAGAUUUCGCUUUUAAAAUUAUGUCACGGAGCACUGCCCAGAUAUUACCCUUAGCAUUUUGACCAGGGACAUUUGCCCAAUAUUUACGCACCCCAUCGUGCUGUUAGCUGUUGUGGUCCAUUUUACAGCUAAAUAUAAUCCAAUUGUCAUCCAAAAUGCUGGACUCUUCCCUUCCCUUCCUUAACUCACUUCUCAGGGGUGUCGAUUGGCUUAAAUUGUGUGAUCAAGAAUUUUUUUCUGUUUUUGGGUCAUUUGAACCCCUAAAUAUUAUCAUCGAUCAUCUCCAAAAGCAAUAGGGUUCUAUUCUGGCCCUAGCCCCAUCUCCAUUUAAAAUUUCGUGAAGAUUGGGCCAUAAUUGUGAUCUGUAGAGUGAUUACAAAUUAACAUGGACAGACGGACGGACGGACGGACGGACAUACAUAGCUAGAUCGACUCAGCUCGGCGAGAUAGGAAGAUCUAUAUAUAGUUUCCUAUGUGGGAAACCAAUAUUUCGAGGUGUUACAUAAUUUUUGGCCCAAUCAAACUUAUAAUACCCCCUACACAUAGUGUUGUAGGGUAUAAAAAUAAUUUUUAAAUGUCUUCUAGUGGGCAAUACUUUCCUUAAAAAAUUACUUGGAAGCCCUUAAGGUCUUCCUUUUAAAAAGGAGGAUCCUCGAGACUUUCUAUUAAAAAGAGGUCCAGAAGUUAAGAGUUUUGAUUGAUUAACAGAAACCUUUAAAGGUUGCAUGUUGACGAUAUAAUUCUUUAAAGGUUUCUAAGCAUUUCCCCUGGCCAAUAGAAGCCUUUCAGGAACUUUCGAAGGCAUUCUUUUGUUGGUUGGAGACCUUAAAGGGCUGCCUUCAAGGGUCAUCUGAUGUUCUUCUCGUUGCCAAUAAACGUCAUUCAAUAGCCAUCUAUUUCCAAUAGAGGCCCUUAAAUACCCUUUACCCAUGGAUACCCUUUAAGGUUCAUUUAUUGACAGUAAUCUUCCCUCUGAGAUAUGUUCCAUAGACAACUUUAAGGGUCAUCUAUAUCCCACAGAUUUACUUCAGAGUCCAUCUAUUGGCAAUUGGGUGCCCACUUCCACCAGAAAGUCGGGUCGUAAGAGUUCUUCAACCAUUCCCAUAAAGAAUAAAACCCCUGAAAGAACUUCUAUUAUAAAAAUAAUUUUUAAAUAUAUUCUAUUCGGCAUGGAAAUCUUUCAAAGGCUUUACACCAAUAGAUUACCAGGAAACCCUUUAGGUCUUCUUUUUAAAAGGGAGGUUCCUCGGGAUUUUAUUAACCUUUAAAGGUUGCAUAGUUGGCGAUAUAAUUCAUUAAAGGCUUCUAAGUAUUUCCAGGACUGGCUUUCGAGGGCUUCCUCUUUCCUAUAGAAAAAUUUCAAAGGCAUUCUUUUCUCGGUAGGAGACCUUCAAGGGUCAUCUCCUUCCUAUUACCAAUAGACGUCAUUCAAGGGACAUCUAUUGUCGAUAAAAGCUCUUCAAAAAGCAGAUCCUGUUGUCCAUGGAUACCCUUUUAGAGUCAUAUAUUUCCAUAGACAGUCUUUAAGGGUUAUCUAUUGUCUGUAGACCGCCAUUUAGAAUCAUCUAUUUUCCAUAGAUAUCCUUCAAAGGUCACCUACUGCCAAUAGAACCCCUUCAAGAGUCAUCAGAUGUUCUUCAAUUGUCACCUACUGUCAAAAGAAGAUCUUUCAGUGUAAUCUUUUGUACUUAGAUACCUUUCAAAGACCACAUAUAUUGUCAAUAGAUUUCCUUUAAGCACCACCUUUUGCAAAAAUACGACCUUCAUGUUUCAUCUUUUGCCCAUAGAAGUCCUUCAAGGGCCCCCUGUUUUCAAUGGACUCCUUUAAGCGCCAUCUAUUGUUAUUAUACCGCCUUCUAGAGUCAUCUAUAUCCCAUAGAUGCCAUUCAAUAGUCAUCUAUUUGGAUUCCCUUUAAGCGCAUCCUAAUGCCAACAGAUGCCCUUCAAGAGCCGUCUACUGUCAAUAGACGCCCUUUAAGUGUAAUCGUUUGCCGAAUCGAUGACAUUCAAUGGCCAUAUAUUGCCUAUAGAAGUCCUUAAAAUUCCACCUAUUGCCAAUAGACACCCUCUAGGGGAAUCCUAUUGCCAGUAGACCCCCUUCUAGAGUUAUCUAUUGUCAAUAGACUCACUUUAAGUUCCACCUAUUGCCAACAUAUGUCCUUCAUGUUCAAUCUGUUGAAAAUAUACGCCAUCUACUGCUAAUAGACGACCAUUAAGUGUAAUCUAUUGUCCACAGAAACCCUUCAAAGACCGUUUAAUGUCAUUAAACGUCCUUCAACGGGCGUCUAUUGCCAAUAGAUGCUCUUGAAAGGUUAUCCACUCCCAAUAAACGCUCUAUAAGUGUGUUCAAUUGUCCAUAGAAAUCCCUCAAAUGCCAGCUAUUGCCAAUAGACGCCCUUCAGGGAUCAAUAGUUAUCAGUAGGAACCACCUAGAGGCCUUCUUUUAUCGUUAAAUUCUACUAAGACUUGCUUUACAUUUCCGAUAGCAAAGCUCUUUUAAAGCACUUCUUUCCAUAAUUGUAAUCUAUUGUCCAUAGAAAUCCCUCAAAGGGCAUAUAUUGUCAAUAGACACCCUUCAAGGAUCAAAUAUUAUCAAUAGAAACCACCUAGAGGCCUUCUUUUUUGUUGAAUUUUACUAAGAUUUGCUUUAUAUUUCCAAUAGCAUUUCUUUUAAAGCAUUUCUUUUCCGAAUGAAGUCAAAAUGCGGGGUGGGCCUGCGCAAGGCCAUCGAAUCAUAUUUUCUUGCCGUUUUUAAGUAAAAAACUUUUGCAGACAUUUUUUAAAGAAUGCCCCUUAAAGUAUGCAACAAUUCCUGACCAAAUGGGUUAUGUGUUUUUUUCUAGACAAUGAUUAAAUAUUUAAUAUAUUUUUACAAUAUUUUUCAUUCAAACCAAUAUUCAAUAUUACGGGGAAAAGCAAAACAACCACAUGUCAUUCCUUCAGAACCUCCCUUCCCCUCUUAAAACCACUACAUUAACCAUAAAACACGUAUUAUAUUGUUUGUGUAAAAGAAACAACAAAACAUAACAUGUAUGUACGUAUGAUGUUGAUAUGUUUUAUAUUUUUAAAAAGUGUUUUUUUUUUUUUUUUUCAAAAUAAAAGAAAAACCUAAAACAAUUGAUACGACUAUAUACAAUUUCUAUGACCCUAGCUAUACAUAAAAUAAUAAUAUAUAUAUUUAACAAAAAAUAUUAAUAUUUGGACUGAUUUGUGACAUACAUUGUUAUGGACUACAUUUAAACUUAACUAUUAAAAGGCAAAAAAAGCAAACAAAAUAAAAAAUUAAUAAUUCAAACAACACAUACACACACAAGAUUAAAGUAAAAAAAACCUAAAAGAUUCACAAAACAAACAAAAAAAAUCAAAUAUAAUGUAGAACAAAUCCACACACACAAUUGUUAUUGUUUAUUAUAGACAAAAAAACAAAAAAAAAAAACAACAUAAUUAUAUAAAAAUUGCU